GAAAAGCACAACUUUGUUUAUUUGAUUAUGUUAUAUGUAUUUAUUUAAGUUUGUUACAUUAAAAAAGAGGUGAAAUAAUUCAAUUGAAGGAUUCGAAAAAGAAAAAAAGAAAAUUUCCUGUAACGGCUUGUUUGUAGCUUCAACUACAGUUCAGAUCUUAAUUUUUAGCUUCUUUGAUGGUGGAAACAAUGUGCGAUUUGACUGAUUUGAAGAUUCACUGAUUUUGUUUGUUGAUACAUCCACAUGGGAGCAUUGUUCUAUUAAAUGAGAAAAUGGAGGUUGAAAAGAGAACUUCAAAGGGAGGCUUUCUUCAGCUAUUUGAUUGGAAUAUCAAAUCUCGAAAGAAGCUUUUCUCUAACAAGUCUGAACUACCUGACAACUCUAAACAAGGAAAAGAAAAUGCCAAUGGAUCAGCCAAUUUAAGACUUCAGCAGGCUCACGAUCAUAGUCUUGGUUCCAACUCCAAGCAGAACUAUGAUUUCUAUAGUGCUUCAUCAGUAGCUGAGGAUGAAAGUUAUGGUCAAAAAGCACCUGGGGUUGUUGCACGUCUUAUGGGAUUGGAUUCUUUGCCAACUUCAAAAGAGUCUGAUCCCAAUUUUAAUGCAUCCUCUGAUUGUCACUCCUUCAGAGAUUCUCCAUACCUAAGUUUUAUAGCUGAUUUCCAGAAUGAACAUCAUAUGAUAGUCGAUGGUAACAUGCGAAAUAAACUGGACGGAUUUAAGAGAAACCCUGUUGAAGUAAGGCUGCAGAAGGUGCAGAGCCGUCCCAUCGAGAGGUUCCAAAGUGAGGUAUUGCCUCCAAAAUCAGCUAAACCUAUUGCAGUUACUCAACCAAGAUUGUUAUCUCCUAUCAAGAGUCCUGGGUUCAUCCCUCCUAAGAAUGCAGCUUACAUAAUAGAGGCAGCUGCUAAAAUAUACCAGCAGAGUCCUCGACCCGCUGCCAGAGAAAAGGUGCAAUCUUCUGGGUCUUCCUCUGCCCCUUUGAGAAUACGGGACUUGAGAGAUCAAAUAGAGGCUGUUCAGAGACAGUCUAGUAUUUAUGAAGCACCGCACAGGCCAAAAGAACAAAAUUCUGUAAAGAACGUCAGAAGACAACCCUGUGAAAGAGGCCAGGUUCAAUCAGAUAAUUUGCGUCAAUUGAGGGUUUCUGAGGUAUCAAGAAGAGAUGUAUCCCAGAAUAAGGGGAAGGAGAAGUCAGUUUCACUAGCAGUUCAGGCAAAGACCAAUGUUCAGAAAAGAGAGGGGAAGGAAUCUACUUCUAGUAAGAACCCAUUGAACCAGAAAGAACAGAAUGAGUCUAAGUCUGGUCGGAGGCGGACAAGUGUAAAAGUAGGGGAAAGGAAAAAUUCUCUCAACCGUCCUUCUGAUGUGCUCAGACAGAACAACCAGAAGCAGAACUCUGCAUCUAAUAAAGACGGGGAGAGUUCGAACACUUCAGCUCCCUACCAUAAAGAGAAAAAAUCAUCAUCUACUGGUAACAUGUCUAGGUCAACCAAGACUGUAAGUAGGAUUGUUGUAAAUACCACAGCUGCUACUGGAAUUGCAAGUAUUGUAGAAACUGACGUUGGAAAGGACCUUUCAUCAUCUAGGGACUCCAGAGUGAGGUCCUUUACUGGAAAGAAACAGCCAGUCAAUGUUGAUAUUGGUUCUGAUGAAUGUGGUGCUGACAAUAUGAUGAAGAAUAAAGAUGAGAGGUCUAUAAAAUGUAACUUAACUAUUGAAGGAUGCUCCAAUUGGGAAACAGCUGACAGGAAAAAUGGGAGUGAUGUAGUGUCAUUUACUUUCACCUCACCCAUCAAAAAAUCAAUGCCUGGCCCCACUUCAUCAAGUCAUGUUUUGGAAAAGAACAGUGCUUUGUGUCUUUUUCCAGGUUCCUAUGAUGAUCAGUCUGAUUCAAGGACAUCAACAAUGCCUUCUUUUCGCAUUGGUGGUGAUGAUUUAGGUAUUCUCUUAGAACAAAAGAUUAAAGAAUUAACUUCUAAAGUCGGACCAUCUUGUGAAGAUUUCAUCAAAACGGGGACUGCUUCUACUUCUACCAAUGCUUUUGAAGAUAGUGUGUCCAUUGUAGCACAUGGGAGGAGACCUCAAGUUGAUUUGCUUAAUGAAAAAGCAGGUGACCCUGGUCACUCUUCUGUUGAUGACCUCCAGCUUACUGCAACUCAGAUGUGGCAGGGUCCAAAUAGGGUAGAAAAUCCCAAAACUGCCAGCAGCAUUACGUGUGAAGGAGAAUUUAGUCUGGCCUCAAGUAUGGAACCUUCUAUUUCAGGAGGCAGUUGCAGCUCUUUGGAUAGCUUCAGAAGUUUAGCAACUGAUGGGAGCAAGUAUCAUCUGUCUGAUGGAUCUCACUACAUGAUGAAUUGGAAAACCUACAUGAGGACUCAUCUGGUGGAAGGUGAUGCAGAGUUGCUGGACUCGGCCUCUUCCGCUUCUCUUGCUGAUGCAGGUGAAAAGGAGUCGACUACUACGUUAACUUCCUCAAAUUUCAAUGAAUCAGCUUACUGGGAGUUCCAAUAUAUCAGAGAUAUAAUUAGAAGCUCCGACAUGGUAAUGGAAGAAUUCUUGUUGGGUGAGGUUCAGAGCAUUAUUGCUCUUGAUCUCUUUGACAAGCUGGAAAAUCAGCAGGCUCGAACCAACAAAAAUGCAGAGGAGCAGCUGAAGAUGCGGAGAAGAGUUUUGUUCCAUUCAGCAGUCGAAUGCUUGGAACUCAGAUGCAAACUGAGUUUCGGCAGAGGUGUUGAAGCUUGGGCUAAGUGGACAACAUUGGUCCAAAGAAAGGAGUGGUUAGCAGAAGAAGUGUAUAGAGUGAUUGCCAGCUGGACAAGCAUGGAAGAGUUGAUGGUGGAUGAGGUUGUUGACAAGGACAUGAGCACACAAGACGGGAAGUGGACCGAUUUCAGCUUUGAAGCCUGUGAAGAGGGUGUUGACAUCGAGAAGGAGAUCCUUUCAUCUUUGAUGGAUGAUUUGAUCGGUGACCUAAUGUGAAUGACAUGAAGUUUUAUACUUUAGCUUUGCUACUUUACAGCUUCCUUGUGCAUUGCUCUUUCUUGCUUAUCUUAAUUUAAGCAAAGAGAUCAGUGGACCAAGUGAUUGUUCAUAUUUUAUGUUCUUAGAUAGUAUCAUGGUUUCCAUGACAGGAUGAUAUGGUGCAUUAUCCUUUGAACGCGAAUGCGUGAUGAAAAGUCUUUCUGCUUACUUCCCGCUGAUUUUUGCGUGUGUUAUUGAUAGGUAAUCCCAGAUUCAGUAGAGUAUGUUGUGGGUUUGAGCUCAAAGCUCAGCUACUGUAGCCUCUCUUUUACUCUAUAAAUGCACUGCUGCAAGAAUUUUUGGAACAGAAAACAUUUCUAUAUCAAUGGAUGAUUCAAACU